CAUACUGCAGAAUGCACGGGAAAACCGGAACAAACCAUUCACACAAAGAGGGGCGCAUUUUAGAAAUAUCCCAUGUUAUCGGAACCAUUACAACAACAAAAAAGGAACCCUUGUAUUGAACGAAUCGAAUGUUAUUUUAAUAAACGAAUAUUUCUGGACACAAGGCUAUUAAUUAUAGCAUCUGAAAAUGCUGAUGUCAAGACCCCCUUCGGUUACUGCAUCAUCGGUUCACCCACCGAGCUGCCAUGUUGGUUUGAGGGAUCGUUGUUGCUGUAGGAGUUCGGGAUGAAAGUUUAUAUUUUGCGGUUUGCUGAUUACUGAAACAUCCAAACUGACUUUUUACAAGCAGGAUUAGAAGUUUAGUUUGUGAAGAGAUUUCGCGUGGAGAAAACACAAGCUGUGAGUUGUGUCUUUCCAGGAUGGGCCGAGUGCAGGCCAUGAUCAUGUCUGAUCGCACAUAUUUCACAUAAAAAAAAACAAAAAAACUUCACCAGGAUACAAACACCAGGGACUCAGCGGUGUUCGUGCAACAUGACCGCACCGCCUCAGAGGAGGCUAGCAAACGUUGGCUCUUUGCUUCUCACACCGCAGGAGAACGAGUGUCUCUUCAACUACCUGGGAAGGAAAUGCAUCACUCUGUGUUCAGCAGUGGUGCAGGUGUACGCAGCAGAAAGAGGUCCGUCUUGGAGCAAGCGAUGCUGUGGCGUGGCCUGCUUGGUGAAAGACAACCCUCAGAGGUCUUAUUUCAUCCGUGUGUUCGAUAUCAAGGAUGGAAAAACUAAGUUUGAGCAGGAGCUGUACACUAAUUUUGCAAGCAAUAGUUCAAGACCUUACUUUAUCACAUUUCCAGGGGAUACUUGCCAGAUCGGCCUGAAUUUUGCUAAUGAAGAGGAAGCGAAACGAUUCCGCUGUGCACUUAAUGACCUCAUCAGCAGACGACAGAAGAAAACCGAGAAAAGACGUGACCCACCAAAUGGGCCCACAUUGCCAAUGGCGACCGUGGACAUCAAGAACCCGGAAAUUAACAAUGUGAGCUUCCACAACAAUUCCCACAUGAACAACAUGGUGCACAGUAGCCUUAACAAGAAAGAGAAGAAGGUGAAAGGCAAGAGGAAGAAACUGACAAAGGCUGACAUCGGGACCCCCAGCAAUUUUCAACACAUCGGCCAUGUAGGCUGGGACCCGAACACAGGCUUCGAUCUGAAUAAUCUGGACCCCGAGCUGAAGAACCUGUUCGAUAUGUGCGGCAUCUCCGAAGCACAGCUCAAAGACAAGAAAACGUCAAAAGUGAUUUACGACUUCAUUGAGAAGAAAGGAGGCGUGGAGGCCGUCAAGAAUGAACUAAAGAGACAAGGUCCCCCCAGGUGGAAUGCACCUCCACCUCCUCCAUCCCGUGGCGGUCCUCCUCCCCCACCCCCUCCACAUCACAACUCUGGCCCUCCUCCUCCCCCACCCCCUGCUCGUGGACGAGGAGCACCGCCUCCCCCUCCUCCUUCCCGAGCGCCAACAUCUGCUCCCCCGCCCCCUCCACCUUCCCGCCAGGGCUUUGGUGCACCUCCUCCUCCCCCUCCAAGCAGGGGCCAUCCUCCUCCCCCUCCUCCUGCUCAUGCCAGCAUCCCCCCACAGGCCCCUCAGUCUCACCCUCCACCUCCUCCACCCCCACCACCAGCUGCAGGAGGAGCGCCUCCACCACCUCCUCCUCCUCCUCCGCCUCCUCCUGGACCCCCACCACCACCCGAGGUAGACGGAGGUGGGGAGUCAUUACCCUUGCCCGCAGGGGGUAAAUCAUCAGCCCUGCUGGAGCAGAUCAGAGAGGGCACCCAACUGAAAAAGGUGGACCACAAUAACAGCCAGCGUCCAGCAUCCACUAACACGGGCCGCGACGCUCUACUCGACCAGAUCCGCCAGGGCAUUCAGCUCAAAACGAAGGUUUCAGAUAGUUCGGAAUCGGGACCACCCACACCUGCUCCUACGUCGGGUAUCGUGGGAGCACUAAUGGAGGUGAUGCAGAAGAGGAGCAAAGCCAUCCAUUCCUCAGAUGAAGAUGAGGAUGAUGAAGAAGAUGAAGACUUUGAGGACGAUGAUGAAUGGGAAGAUUAGACCUCGUCUCCAUAUGAUAACUCCCACCCAGUAGAAUAACUGACACUAAAUUCUCACAUUUCCAAAAUGUACUCAAACUCUGUACAUGGUCUUUCAAAUCGCUGUAUAUUUUUGUUGCCUUUUUUUUUUUUUUUUUUUUUUUUUUAAUAAUUUGUGCAAUACCUCAUAUAAUCUGUAAAGUAUCGUCAUGUAUCCUCUGUAAAGUAAUAUCCUGGAAUAACCAUGUGAAGAUUAAUGCCAGGAAGGGCUUUUCUCGACUUGUUGAUUUGAAUGUUUCUGUUCCCUCAUUACAGAGGAAAGGGAGAUGGACAGGAUCCUCUACGUUCUUGUUAAUUGUUGAUUAACGACUGAAAACACUAUUUUCAUACCCUGCUUUUCUGUACUUAUGAUUUUCUUAUACAAGUCCUAGUUUAGCUCUUUGUUUUGGUAAGAGGUUCUUCUAUCAGAAUAUUUAACCCUUCCACCCAGCCACCAAUCCUGUAACUCUAUGUAAAUGUACUACACUCGGCUGAUAAACUAUCAUUAUGUUUUGCACGGAUGUUGAGAUGAAAGUCACUACAAUGCCACGUUGUGCUGCAAUUUCACAGAUUGUUUCCUGUGGUUCUCUGUACCAGGUUAAGAUUUCACUGAACACUGCACGUGAUACAAUAGACCGUUUUAUUUUUACGUUUAGUUUCUUGCUUUAUGGUGUUAUUGAAAAAAAAAAUAAUGCUGUAGAUUGAAACUGACAAAGUUGUGAAUGCAGUUUGUUUCGAAAUAUGAUCAACAUCCCUGAUAACAGUUUCGUUUUUGUUUUUGUUUUGUUUUUUAUUUAAGUCAUAUGUUAAAGCACUACACAAACUAUUCAGUAACUUAAACCAUUUAAUAUAAGCUUUUAAAAAGCCAACGCUUUUUAAAACGCAUGACAAACACAGGCAAGUUAAAUACUAAGGAUCUUUGUGUAGCAUUUAAUGCUGUUUUAACAGUAUUUGUCUGAAUUUUGCUAUCCAUCAAGGAUCAUGCUGCAUUAAAUCUAUAAAACUGACAUCGAACCUUACAGAUGGGUUGGAAUGUGGAAUGAAAACACUAAAUUGUAUACUUAAAUAAAUAGUAAUAUUGGUUCAUUUU